GUGAGUGUGUGUGUGUGUGUGCCACUGACAUUGGAAGAUGGGGGACCUUCAGUCCUUGCGUGUCUUCAUCAACUGUUUGGAUCAACUGACUUUACCCCGCAUACUACAGAUCUGCUCUGGGGUCUAUUUUCAGGGAUCAGUAUAUGAGCUUUCAGGAAGUGAAGUGUGUUUAUCUACUGGAGACCUGGUGAAGAUCAUUAGUUUAGAGCUUCUGUCUGUAUCUUGUGAGGAGAUUGACACAGGAACAUCAAUUGAUUUGCCCAUUCAAUAUUCAGGUCAGUUCCGUCUCAUCGCGGAGGACCUGCCAUACAGCACAAUAGAGGAAAUUGUGGGAUUGUGUCCUGUAGGCGUGGAUGCCUUUGGCUCGUUCACCUUCUUUAGCAGCAGUGAGCUGACUGUGGACAAUUUCACACUACCUGCUGGAAAGCACUUGACCCUGCUAUCAGUGGAGUUUGAUGAUGAUGGGGAAAGACAAGCACGGUGUCAGUUGGUUGGGCAGAAUGUGGCCUCUGCAGAGAUACAACUUCCCUUAUCCCUCAAGGGGGACUUCUAUGAGUGUGAAGAAGACCGUGGUUACACUCUACAGGAAAUUACAUCAUCUGUCAGGCUGAGCAGCCGUCGCUUCCGCAGCACAAAUAUGAAGAACAGUGGUGGCCCAUUGAUUUUCAGCCCAGUUUAUGAAAUUAAAGCCAUUAUGCAAUUGAGGAAGGACAUAGUCAAAUUCCCCUCAAGCCUGGAAGUGGAUGUCCAGGACGUGACCGAACAGUUCCAGAAUUUAGUGUUCAUAACUCCUCUAUCAAUGGCUGAGGUUGCAAGUCAGCCAAAGGAGUUUUUCCCCACUAUGGCAGAGAUCCUGGAAGGGCCAGAGGGUAAUCCAUUUUUUAAUUGCAGCUGGUUCCAAGAACUGCAGAAAGGCAGGCAUCUAGUAUUACAUGGGUGGGGAGACACACCAAUGGUAUUAGCCUCAACUCCAAAGGGGAGAAAGGGAAAACAGUACUUCCUAAUCUCACAUGGAUAUGGUGGACAAAUGAGAAGGAGGGCCAGGGAAUUUCGAUCCGUCUAUGAGCUGUACUUGGCAUUCUCUCAGUCUCCGGGAUUGAAGGCAAGUGUGUUGCAGGACUGUGAAGAGGUAGAGGAAGAGGGAAUACCUGCCCUCAGUGUUGGUGAGCAUCUUGAGGUUCUUGGGAUGGAAUCGGUGGACAGGCUCGAGGACCAAUCUGGAGCUGCUCAGAAAGUAGAUAGACUAAUUUGCAAACGGACUAUUGAGGUGGAUGACAAGGAUGACCAAGAUGAUAGUGAAGAACUUGCUCUGCCACUGUUCAUGGCAGGCCACUUUGUGGAAAAGCUUUCAGAUAACAAGAAGUACAGGUUAACAGACUUGAUGAACAGCUCAUUGCCUCGUGAUGUCAAAGUGGUGAUUCAAGAUAAAGAACUAAAGAAAGAUCCCCUGAUGGGGUUGCCAGCGCUUAAGCUUGAAGAAACUUUCAAUGAGAUGACGGUGUUGACUAGCCUACCCAACAAACCAGAUUGUUGCUUUGAGUUGCCAGUACACUGGUUAAAAAUGUCUCUCUUUUUUACCUCCGAUCACCUGCCUUGGUCCAUUGGUGAGCCCCCCAAACUUCACGUAGAGACAGUCACUGAGGUAUCAGAGAACUUCUACCACGAAUAUCACAAACUUACAAGCAAAUUUGAGGAACCUCCUCCUCGUCCACCAAAGAGGAAGCCAUUUGCUUCAGAAGCACCUAAAAAGUCUCCCAAGUCUAGACCUUCUAUAUCAUUACCAAACCUAGUCAGCGCAAUGAGCGAACAACUUGAGGAUCUCUCGGUGGGCCAAACAAAGGCAAAACGUCCCCCUGCUCUGCUGCCUCUUGACAAUACUCUAGGGUAUCCCCCUCCACUGUUGCCUAGAAAAAACACAUCAAUAGCAGAGAGCACCAGUCAGCCUAAUAUGUACGUGAAAAGACCCUCAAUGGCACAAAAUUCAGCAAGGAGACUCUCUGAUCAGGAUCAUGACUACGAGUACAUUGAUGACAUUUUAAAAAACACCAUGAUAGCAUCAUGAACAAUUAGACCAAGGACAAUCUUCAAGCAAUGCAGAAGAAACCCCAGAUAUUAAAGGAGAUAUUGGAAACUCCAUUGUACCCAGCCUUAAAUGUCAACCCCAGAAGAUGACAUGUCCAGCAGUAUGACAAGCUAUGCUCCAUCUGAAACUAUUUUAAACAGCAUUUUUACUGAUUCUUUUAUAAUUAUUGUGCAAGCACUUUUUAUGACCUCAUAUUAAUUGAGACAUUGAAUAGCUGAUGAAAAAAAUGUAAAUGAAGACAUGUUAUGCAUCAUCUAGCCACAUUUUAUUCAUUUAUAUGCUCCGCUUGAAUCCUCAAAGUUGUCACAAUGCAAUGCUUAACAAAUGUAACAUUGUGUGAAUUAGAGAGCCACUUUUAAAGUGGAUUAUUUAACAUUUCGACCACUAAAGAAACAAAGUACGCUUUCAUUAAAAAAAAAAUAAAAAAUAAAAUGUAUUAAAAACUACUGAAGAGACAUUAUUGAAAAGAAAAAAAAAACUUAUAUCAACAUGGGCUGUCAAAUGCUUUUAUAUUCUCUCAAAACUAUUAAUAUAAAUGGGCCCGAACAGCUGAACAUUCUUCAGCAGAAAUGACAGGGCCUUAUGACAUGAGCAGAAUUCUUUUUUGUGUGUAAAUGCAUUUUAAGUUAAUUGUCCAAGUGAAUUACUAUGACAUGAGAGACAACUGACAUAAGAAUCGUUUUACUAAUGAUUUACAAACUAAUUUGCUCCGUUCAUGUUUCAUGAACAAGGCCUAAUGAUUUGACUAUGAACUUCAGGCUUGCAGGUUGUUGGCUCUAUGGCGAACACUGGUAAAACAGAUCUGAAAAGACUAGAUUAACUAGACUUCAUUGUCUGUUGAUCUGAAGUGAUCCUCAUCGAUGGUGGUGAAAAUGUGUCCUUCAUUGCUGAGAAAAUCCACAAUUUGCCUGUAUAAGAAUUUUUUUUAAAUAAACAAACAAAUAAACAUGA